UCCACAGACAGAUCAACAUGGCAGUAGAUGUCCCUGGGUUGGUGUCUGUCAUAAUUUUUUAUGUCUGCAUCCUGGCCAUUGGAGUCUGGGGAUCUUGGAAAUCCAAGAAAGUGGAGAAGAAAUGCAUCGGCACCAAGAGCGAAAUUUCCAUCAUUGGUGGUCGCAACAUCAAUGUCCUGGUUGGGAUUUUCACCAUGACAGCGACGUGGGUUGGUGGAGGUUACAUUAUGGGGACCGCUGAGGCUGUUUAUAAUCCAUCUCAAGGUCUCAUCUGGGCUUUAGGGCUGCCUGCAUAUGCUAUAAAUUUCCUUCUGGGUGGAUUGUUUUUUGCAAAACCUAUGAGGUCAAAGCGUUACGUGACCAUGUUGGAUCCAUUUCAGAAUCGCUAUGGCAAAGCUUUCACUGCGUUACUCCUGCUUCCUGCUUUGGUCAGUGAUAUAUUAUGGGUUGCCUGCAUCCUUGCCGCUCUGGGUGGAACAAUGAGCAUCAUCCUCGGGCUGUCGUCCACCAUCUCCAUCAUCAUCUCAGCAGCCGUCUCCAUCGUCUACACAUUUCUAGGUGGCCUUUAUUCAGUGGCAUAUACGGAUAUUAUCCAGCUUUGUUUUAUUUUUGUCAGUUUGUGGCUCUGUGUUCCCUUUCUGGUGCUAAGUCCUGCAGUAACUCUGAUCUCACAAACACCCGGCCUCAACCAGACUCAUGGAAACUCCUGGGUGGGUCACUUGGAGCUGAUGGAUGCAGGGAAAUGGGUCGAUGAGCUUCUGCUCCUGGCUUUAGGUGGAUUGUCAUAUCAAGCUCUGUACCAACGGGUUCUCUCAGCAGCAUCAUCGACUCAGGCUCAGAUCACCUGUUACGCUGCUGCUGGCACCACUUUUAUCAUGGGGAUCCCCUCAGUUGUCAUUGGAGUCAUGGCUGCCUCUGCAGACUGGAACCAGACCGACUACGGCUUCCCCCCUCCUUUUGAGCGUGGAGAUGCAGGGAAGAUCCUGCCCCUGGCCCUGCAGCACCUCACACCCACCUGGGUCGGCGUGUUGGGGAUCGGCUCGGUGGCUGCAGCCGUCAUGUCCUCGAUGGACUCGGCGCUGCUGUCGUCAGCCUCCAUGUUCACACAAAACAUAUACAAGACCAUAUUCAGGAAGCAGGCUUCGGACAGGGAGCUCAUGUGGGUGAUCCGUGUCAGCGUGCUGCUCGUGGGCCUGGCAGGGACCGGUUUGGCGUUUGGGGAUGACAGCGUGUUAGCUUUCUGGAUCUUAAGCGGAGACCUGAUCUAUGUUGUGAUUUUCCCACAGCUGGUCUGUGUGCUGCAUUUCAAGUGUGUGAAUUGUUACGGUGCCAUUAGUGGCUUUGUGGUGGGUUUGCUGCUGCGAGGGCUGAGCGGGGAGCCUGUGCUCGGGAUCCCCACUUUGCUCCGAUACCCUGGUUGGAGGGAGGAGAAUGAUGUGAUCGUACAAUACUUUCCUUACAGGACCGUAGCCAUGCUCUCUUCUUUAAUAUGCAUCAUGACCGUCUCCUGGCUGCUGGACCUGACCUUUCGUCGACAGCUGAUUCCUCAGUCCUGGGAUCUACUGAAGGUGUUUAAAGAGAAAAAUGAAACAGAGGCAGAGGAAAUACAUGGCACAAGGGAGGAAGUCAAAUAUGCUCUUACUACAAAAUUCUAAGCAAACAUUGGACCCAAACACGCGGCCCAUUACUGCAUUUCGAUGGGAUCUGUUUUUUCUAAACAGAAUUAUGGUCACAAAAACUUGAUUAGUCUAGUUCUCUGUUUGUUUGUUUUUUUAUUUCUUACUGGAUUCAGGUGCUUCUAAUAACACUUUGUUUUUUUUCUCUAAUUUAUUUUCAAACAAAUUUUUAAUGUCGAUACAUCAAGGUCAAAAGUGAUGAAGCAAGUUUGCUUCUUUGCACACAGAAACAAAGCUUUAAUGCUGGAGGAGAAAAUAACUAAAGUCACAAGUCGUGGUAGAUGUGUUUUUUUUUCUGAAACAGUUUCCAUGUUUUAAAAAAAUAACCUAAAGCUGUGUUUAAAUAAGCUCCAUG